GCGAGAGUGCCGGAGCGGGUUCUGCUACUGACACUUGGCUGCGGAGGGGAUGGCGGCGGGAGUGGCGUCGCUCUGCGGGAUGCUGCAGCCUCUGUGGCGGCGCCGCCGCUCAGGGCCGACGCUGCUGCUUCUCCAGUUGCUGCUCGUGUGGCCGCCGGGCCCCGCUGCGGCCGGCCCGCUCUCCAAGUGGCGGCUGCCGGUGCCCAUGGAGAAGAAUUUAUUUAACUUUGGAAAGAUUCUCUUCAGCAACACUACCAUUUUCUUAAAAUUUGAAGGCGAUGAAAGUGCAUGCAAUCCAUCUCAAGGCUACAAUGUCAGCUGGUACUUGAGGUAUUGUGACUGCUACAAUGAGGUCUUCAAUUUUGGGGAUGAGCAGGCAGAGGUUUAUGUUGGACGUACUGUAGAAAACCGUCCAGGCUGGCCAGGAUACUACGCCAUGUCUUCGCACUACUUCCCCAACUGUUCUGAACUCUUCAGACCGCAGAUUUUCUUCAAAGAAUUUGUUCACCCAGAACCCCUCUCAGGUGGAAAACAAGAGGAUGGAGCAAACUUUACCGCUGUAUCAGAGAAUUCUGCAAUGAAUGCUGUGAUGAGAACCUGGCAAGAUGGGCCUUAUAUCUUUAUUGUGCAGAUUGGAAUUGUAUCCUCAAAGGAUGCCAAUGUGAAAACUAAAAGAGCAACAAGUGACGAAUUGCCAAAAGUUACGGCUUCCUCUGAGCCACAGGGAACACAUUUUCACAUGAUCGUGGAAGUGAAGGGUCCAUAUGAGUACCUCUCCCUAGCAGAUUAUCCUCUCAUGAUCUUUUUCAUGGUGAUGUGCAUUGUAUAUGUGUUGUUCGGAGUUCUGUGGCUUGCGUGGUCAGCCUGCUACUGGCGAGACCUCCUGAGGAUCCAGUUCUGGAUUGGUGCAGUUAUCUUAUUGGGAAUGUUAGAGAAAGCUGUUUUCUACGCGGAAUUCCAGAAUAUCCGCUACAAAGGAGAAUCUGUCCAAGGGGCAUUGAUACUGGCUGAGCUGCUCUCAGCACUGAAGCGCUCACUCGCUCGAACUCUUGUGAUUAUAGUGAGCCUGGGAUACGGCAUCGUCAAACCUCGCCUUGGAGUUACUCUUCACAAAGUAGUUGUGGCUGGAGCUCUCUAUUUAUUAUUUUCUGGCAUGGAAGGUGUCCUUAGAGUCACGGGGUCUUUCCAUGGUGUUACAGCUGUGGUAGCUAACUUCGGGCUGUCUAUCAUUGACUCCUGUAUUAUUUAUUGGAUAUUCAUCAGUUUGACUCAGACAAUGAAGUUGUUAAAACUUAGGAGGAAUGUUGUGAAGCUCUCUCUCUACCGACACUUCACCAACACUCUAAUUUUGGCAAUAGCAGCAUCUGUUGUUUUUAUCAUCUGGACCACUAUGAAAUUCAGGCUGGUAGACUGUCAGUCGGAUUGGCGGGAGCUGUGGGUGGAUGACGCCAUCUGGCGACUUUUGUUUUCAAUGAUCCUUUUUGCCAUCAUGGUUCUUUGGAGGCCGUCUGCCAACAAUCAAAGGUUUGCUUUUUCACCCUUGUCUGAGGAAGAGGAGGAGGAUGAACAGAAGGAGCCAAUGCUGAAAGAAAGCUUUGAGGGAAUGAAAAUGAGGAGUUCAAAACAAGAGUCAAACGGAAACCCUAAAGCCAGCAAACCACAGGAAGACGAUUUGAAAUGGGUGGAAGAGAAUGUUCCUUCUUCAGUGACGGACGUUGCUCUCCCGGCGCUUCUGGAUUCUGAUGAGGAAAGAAUGAUCACACAUUUUGAAAGAUCUAAAAUGGAAUGAAUAAGGACGGUUUGCUUUACGAGGCUUCCUGCUGUUGAAGAAAGGAAGAAACGUUUUUCUCCCAUGGAAUGCUGCAAUCUUCUGAUAUGUUCUGUGACGUUCACCUUUGGACAUUGUUCUCAGAGGGAGAACAUUUUGCUUGGAUCACUGUGGAAGGAAUCACACACAUGUUGAUACACCUAGGAAAAUGUUUGAAUUUGCAUUGCUGCUGCAAGUGUGGGUUUUAAGCCAUUAAACGUCUUUAUUGCAGCACGUUUUUACUUUUUAAACAUUAUAGUCAAGCUAAAUCUAAAACUGUUUUAACAACUGCCUGAGGAAUGGUUAAUUCAAUAUUAUAGCUAAAUCCCUCAUGUUUUAACCACAGUGGGAAGAGGGGAAGAGUGAUUGAUGAUUUCCCCAAACCAGCACGGGUGUUCCAGGCACAAAGGCAAGCUCAACCUUAUAGACUGGUACCAGCGAUUGCUUAGCAAGAUGUUACAAAUAUUUUUAAAACUCUGUAUCCAGCAUCUGGGGCAGUCUGUGUAGGAUUUAAUCCCCCAGCCCAGUAAAGGACUGGUACCCAUGAGAGAUGCCAGAAUCACCCAUCUGUAAAUGAGCCUUGCCCACAGUAGUGUGCAUGCAGCAAAACGCUGUGUGCAAUAAUCUAUGGAUCAGGGUCAGUGCCUUGCAUUUUUAUUGGAUGUAGCAGCUUCUGACUGAAGAUUCUGGUACCUGGCUUGUGAAAAGGAGAAAGUUUUAGAAUGAGCACUCCAAGUUAUGGGAAAGAGUUAACGUAUCAUGAGGGAGGGAGGUAUUUGGGGAAAUUUAUGAUUCCUAAUAAGCUGAGGCUCCAAUACUUUGGCCACCUCAUGAGAAGAGAAGAAUCCUUGGAAAAGACCCUGAUGUUGGGAAAGAUUGAGGGCACUAGGAGAAGGGGACGACAGAGGACAAGAUGGUUGGACAGUGUUCUCGAAGCUACGAACAUGAGUUUGACCAAACUGCGGGAGGCAGUGCAAGACAGGAGUGCCUGGCGUGCUAUGGUCCAUGGGGUCACGAAGAGUCGGACACGACUAAACAACUAAACAACAACAACAUGAUUCCUAAUAUUUUUUGCAAGAUCAAGUGCAAUUUUAUUCACUCCACUGUGUAGGAAAGAUGGUCUAAUUUAAGUUUUGCAUACGUAGAUGCAGCGAUCACUUACGUGUUUGGUGCAUAUCUCGUUGCUGGCAAUGGGGUGUGAGCAUGAGCAGUUAGCUAUUUAAAUCAGAACAGAGUGUAAUUUAAUUUUUUUUAUUAAAAAAAACCCCUCAGUGUUUAUUCACUGACUCUGACCAGCCCCAUGCCUUUAGCCUGUGCUUCUAAUAUUGUUGCAUUGGAGCAUAUUCCAUAGACUCACAAAUGCACUUGUGUUGGAGUCAACCUCCCCAUACAUAUUGACUCUCUGAAUCAGGCCUGUUCAGGCUGUGACCCACCAAGUCCAUUGUAGCCCAUAGCCGUGUCUGUGGUUUGCCAAAUGCUUUGACAACCUUCCUUCCCGUUUUUGCAGCUCUAGACAGACAGCAAAAGCAGUUGGGGGGGGGGGUUAGGCCACAAGAUAUGCAGUCCAAUCCUAAAAGUUUGUAUAUGUCAGACUAACCUCUCCUAGACGUUCACAUAUUCUUCACAGAACUGUGACUUCAGAUAGCAGCUUGUUCCUGUUGAUCUUCUCAAAUAACUCGUGAAUAGACCUGGCAUUGGCACUACGUAUCCUUGCCAGCUUCCAGGUACCCAGUACCUGUCCUGGGUUUAUUGAGUCACAAUGGGGCAUCAUUCUGAUGCAGUGUAGGAAAGUUAAAGCGGUGGCUUAUAGCCACCUGCCAUUGCUUCCAAGUAAAUCUAUGUCCAGGGGCCCAGGGGCCACUUGAGAGCACCUCCAAACCUGAAUGUGGCCCUAAAUACACAUUCAUAUACCAUAUCCAACACUUUGUCAAUUUAUAAAGUUCCUAACAGUCCCUAGGGCUAGAAGCAUCCUAUUAUACUUCCAGUCACUCCAAACAUUCUGCUACAAUUAUUCCCAUCUAGUCGCUUUUCAGUUAGGUGUUCCUUGUCCCACCUUCCUUCCUACUGUGAUCUUUAAUAGCCACCUCUGACAACACACUUUUUUAAUUAAAUGUAUUUGAAAAUUCAAGUACCUCACAAGAUGUUGUAAGAGAUUCUCAGAAAAUUAAGCCUGUCAUUGAGAAGUCCUGUAAAGGGGGCAAAUUGUUCAUAAUAACAAAUAUUCUCCUGCAAUAAUUUAUGCAAAUAUGCUGUUUUGGGAUGUUUCUGUUCUGGGUGUCUUGUGGGAGGAAAGUAUUUUUUUGGGGUAUUUUUCAAAUGUUAGUGCCAAAAUUGGACUUCAUUGCUGGUUUUUGACACUUUUAGCCCUCUAGCAGCAGAACCUGGAAUUAGGAUUUCACAUUAAAUGUGGCAUUGUUUGGAUUUUGCUUUUCCAGAUGCGUUUUAACUGUACUUAUGUAUAAGUGGUUCGGUAAUGGGUUUUCCUGUAACUUACAGGCACUCUUUCAUUUGAUUCAAUUUGAGUUGCAGAUUUCUGUUCUGUAUAAUAAAAUUCUUUUUUUUCUUAAAUUCA